AUUUUUUUUUGUGAUUAUCAAAGCUGUGAUAUAUCAAAGAGGAUGGAGCUGUUAGUCGCUUUGAUUUUCCUAUAUUUCACAAAAGGUGCUGCUCAACUUUCGUUUUGCGCACAGUCUUCUUCGCCUAUUCCAGUGGCUACCAUGUGCAAAUCAACCACCGUUAUCGGUAACCACGUGGUGAUUGACGUCACUGAAGCAGGGGAGAGAAUGUUGGAGGGUAUCAAUGCUUGCACCUGUUACCUCACCCCUGUUAUAACCAAAGAGAAAGCUAGGCUCUAUGUACUUAAACAGAGUUCUCUGGAACCUGGUUAUAAUGGCUGUGGUUCUAGAAUUGAUGUUAUCAUCGACAGUACGCAAGACUCUGGGGUGAUUCGAAAUGUCUGUUUUUUGAACGGAAAUGUGGAGCUACAAAAUAACACUAUUGGAAAUAUCUCGUUUGUAAAAGAGUUCUAUCCAAACGAUGACAGAUACUGUAUCGGGCUACGAUCAGAUGAUUCGGGAGCCAAGUUACAGGUGCAGUGCUUUACACCAGGAGAGGAAACACCGUUCCCAACACGACCACCCUCUACAACGGGCUCAACGUCUCCUCUUCCAACAGAUCCGAUCACCACCCCAGCGGCUAUCAGUGCAUCAACACCACCUGUGACCACAGCAAAAUCUACCACUGCCGCACCGCCACCUCCUACCACAUCAGCUGAAGAAACCACACAAUUUACCACAGCGAGGGCAACAACGCCCAGCCCUACAACAGUUGCACCCAUUACAACGAAAAAUUCCGACCAAACUACAACACAUGAGGCAUUAACAACAGAAGCUGUAUCAUUGACUUCUAGGUCAGAGGCAAUUACAGCUAAAUUGCCUUCAAGUACAACGGUAAACACACCUUCAUCAACUUUAUCACCAGAUACCACCCCCAAAACAACAACCCAGUCCUCUGUUACGUCAGAAAAACGCGAAGAAACACCCAGUACACAGUCACAGAUUACCACAGCAAUUGCUGAUGUUUUGACGACAGAUUCAGCGACAAGUUCAGCGUUAAUUGUUUCAACAUCAGAACAAACAAGUACAUCAACAAUAACAACAACAAGACCGCUACCGAUAACGACAACACUAAUUGAAGCUCCAACACCAUCACCAUCAACCACUGAAACUACAACUACAUCAUCUAAACUAACAACGCCGGAGCCAACUACAUCGAUGAAAACAACAACAUUAUCACCAACAACUACAUCGACAAAAUCUACAACAGCAUCACAAUCAACAUCAUUACCAUCAACAACCACGACAAUCGAAACAACAUCUUCGCCAACAACAACUUCCUCCAUUAAAACAACAAUUAUAACACCACCAACAACUACAUUAAUAAAAACAACAUCAUCACCAGCAACAACACCUACACCAUCAACAACAACAAAAACCAACACAUCUACAUCAUUGUCACCAACAACUACAUCUAUUAAAUCAACUUCAUCUUCACUGCCAAUUGCUACAUCUACCAUUAUAUCAACCAUACAAUCAACAACAAAAACUACAUCGAUGAAAACAACAUCACAACCAACACAAACACCAACGACAACUUCAUCAAUCAAUACAACACCGUCGAUUUCCUCAGCUGCAACAACUCCAAUGACAACAACAACAGAAAAAUCUGUAACAACAAAUCCAGCUGAUACCGAGCCUCCAGCCUCGUCUUCAUCUCCUGUUGUUACGAGUACGACACAAGAUGUCACCACAGCCUCUUCCAAUGCAACCCAAACUCCCAACAAAGGAUCGCCGGAAAAGGCAGACGACGGAGUGCCUUUAUCCAUCAUCAUUCCUGUAGCAGUGGGCGGGGUCGUGCUUCUGAUCGUCAUUGUAACGGUGUCCGUUUGUAUCAGGCGCGGCAGCAGGGGAGGGGAAACACUUAUUGGAAUGGCAGAACGGCAGAUAAACGACAAAUCAACGUACGACAACCCGACAUACGAGGACUUCUGGUACUCCAACAACGUCACAGAAAAGGAUGUAGACACGGACUCCAUGAUGCAGGAAAAAGACCGAGCCGACAGUACGGAAGAUGUAAAUCCGGAAAACGAGGAACAGGGAGUAGAAGUGAGUCAAGUGAAAGUAGACGGUGAUACUUGGACACACUUAUGACGAAGUGGAAACUACUAGUCCCCUGUGCCAAAUAGCCAUUUCAUUUGCAAUAUCCAGAAUAUGCCUUGUGUUUCGUGCAAAUAAGAACUGCUGGAAAAAACAUGAAUGUAUGUCAGAUUUUCAGUUUAUUAUCAAUAUGAACCAUAUCAUUAUAAAGAAAGCAUGAUUCUUUCAUUCAUCAUAUUUGUAUUGUUUUAUGUCAACUUAACCUUGUGGAGUUAAAGUGUAGUGUAUAAAAUAGGAUAUGAAUAUAUAUGAUGAUUUAAUGUGUAUACAAAUACUGUUUUAUAUAUAUAUCUCGUUAAACAAAGUACAUGGUACCAGUAUUUUAUUUACAUGUAAUAGUAUUGUACAUGUUUCAGAACCAUCGAAUAUCAAAGUUCAGUUAAGUUUAAUGGUGGCAGAAACAUGGUCUUAAUGGUAUUAAUACAUGAAACUAAAUAUUAUUUAGUGAAAGUUAUAAAAUGAGAAUUUUUAAGGAUUUCUUAUUGCAAAAGACGGCAUUAUGAACAAUUCUAUGUCAUGUUAUCAGUAAUACUUAUUUCAAUACAA